CGCAAAGGUAAAUAGCGCGAUGUUUGGUGUUCGAUAUUGUACAGACUUGUAGUUCAGUAUGCCUUUCCUACUUCAUGCUAAAGGAGACUUUACAGAGCUUCUAUAUGUUAACUUUCGUAUAGGUUAUGCAUGAAUGUUCAACACCCGAGUUAAAUACUCUGUGAUCUUUCUGAUAGAAAUAAUUCUACGAAACCAAUUGCAGUAUAUCGACGUCUAGAGCUGUUCUCAGUGUUGUCAUGAAGCAAAGGCAUUCAGUAGCCGCCCUCAAAAAGGUCAAGAAAAAUAUAAAAAAACACUUUAACGAUCAAGAUGCUUCUGAACUCUACAAAGUGUUGUCGAAAAAAUUGUUCGGGAACUUGGUAGAGAUAUAUGAUCUAAUAUCUUAUCCUUGUGAACAAGUACCGAAUGAAGAUACAGAUCUAAAUGCGAUUACCAAUGACUUAGUAGAAGCACUUUAUGAUGGUCCAUUAACCAUUGAUCCUUUGGAUGUAGAAGCGAAUGAAUUAAUUCAACUACUUAGUUCUCCAGUAUGGCGUAGCUUUUCUACUGCAUACACUGAAAUAACAACCAGUCACUUUGAUAUGCCUGAAUUACCUGAGGUAGCGUACAUGACGUCGGGCCUGGGUGGUACUCAUACAAAUCUAGGGAGUUUUCUAGCCAGCAAAGCAUCUAAUUUACAUGUGGCUGACAGAAGUUUUGGAGAUGGUAUUAUAAAAGAUAAUCGAAAUGGAAUCCCCAAUGAACUAUAUAAUUCACGAUCAAUUAUGUACGGUGCUGGUAGUGAAAAUGUGUAUACUGACUUGAGAAAAAAUGAAGCUACACUUACUGGAGGUGGCGAUGGUCCAGCACUACCACCUGUAGAUGGUGCAGUAAAAAUGAUCGGGAUUCAAAAGAAUCAUGGUGAAGAUUUAGGUAUCACUGUUAUUCAACAACAAUAUAUGUCUGCACAUUAUGGUUUAGUGAAAGAGUUAGUAAUUAAACGAAUUUUAGCUGCUUCUCAUGUUGAACAGCUAGAUUUAUUACACGUAGGUGAUGUGAUUCGUGAAGCAAAUGGAGUUCCAGUUGAUAAUCCUGAAGUAUUACAAAAAGUAUUAAAAAAUGCAUCUGGAAAUGUCACAUUGAAAAUCAUUCCUGGUUACCAGUCAACUCCUAUUUCGUCACAACUUUUUCUUCGAGCUCACUUUUCUUAUGAUCCGAAAAAUGAUAAUUUAAUUCCAUGCAAAGAAGCUGGUUUAAAAUUUUCAGCCGGUUCUGUCCUUCAAGUUCUUAAACAAGAAGAUCCUUAUUGGUGGCAGGCAAGACAUCAUAAUCAAGAUGGUCGUGCUGGUCUAAUUCCAUCUAUAGUACUACAAGAAAGACGUAAAGCCUUUAUUCAAAGUGCGCCUAAUCCAGAAGAGCUAACUUAUAAAAUGUUCGCUUGUGGACUUGCAAAACGUAGAAAGAAAAAGGUCACUAUACCAUUUUGUGCAAGAGAUGCUGAUAAUUAUGAUACUAAAGAUAUUGUACUUUAUGAAGAAGUUGCUAUGGUAUCAGGUUUCCAGCGUCCUGUUAUUUGUUUAAUCGGAGCUCCUGGAGUUGGUCGUCGAAGUUUACGUAAUAUGCUUAUUCGUGCCAAUCGAGAGAGAUAUGCAUCAGCUAUUGCACAUACAUCAAAAGAAUUAGAUGUUGGAGAAGAGGAUGAUGGUGAAUUUAUUGUUGAAUCGAAAGAGAAAAUGGAAAUGGAUAAUUUGAAAAAUAAAUAUCUUGAAGUAAAUUUAAAUUUUCAAUGUUGAAUCAAUUAAUUAGUUUUAUUCAUUACAUAAAUAUUACUAAGAAUGUUGCUAGAUGAUUUAAAUAUGAAAUUAUAGAAGAGGAUAUUUCUAAAGUAAUAAUAAAAAUAAGUCGUUUCUACCAAAGUUGUGGUUGGAUUACACAGAAAUAAACACUAUUUAAUUGGAUAGAAUACAGAGAUGAAUUAUGAAUUUUGUAAAUAAUCUUAACAUACUUUUUUAUAUGAAAUAAGUCAACUGGUUUAAUCAAAUAUUGGUUUGAAUGAAUCGUCUAUUAAAACAACAAAACCAUUUAUCAAGGGCAUAAAUUAUUGGUAAUUCACAUCUAUUAUAAGUCUUUUUCUUUUCUUUUUUCUUGUGGGAUGUCAAUAUCUUUUGCAUACGUAUUAUAAUCAGUAUAUACGAAUAACUUUCCAAAUAAUAGACAUGAAGUGGUAAAUGAUUUCCUACAGUUUAUUUGUAUGUUUAAUUCAGUGUAUACUGCUUAUCUACGUUACUGAUCUAAUUUUCUUCUGAACUGAAAAUACAUGAUAAUAGUUAGGUUUUCAACAAAAAUUAUUGAAUAACGUUUGAAUCUCAUUUCGCUGAUGGUUCUCAUUGUUGAGGAAAAAUUACUGGAGAUUGAUCAUCAGUAUUUUAUUCAAUUUAUACAAAAAUUGAGGUUGUGGAAAGUCAUUUCGGAAAAAUAAACUUUAGCGUAGAUCAAUUUUAUCUCCAUUAGAAUAUUCUUCAUUUAUGGCAAUACAUUUUACCAGUCUUCAUUUCCACUGUUUACAUUAUUUCUGUUAGUAAAGCUCUUCAACUACCUUGCCGUUCCACGUUUUGCUAUAAUUGUGCCCAUGAUAAAAUUUCUUUGGAUUUAGCCCAUUUUAUCUGGUAAGUGAAUCUACUAAAAUCUACAGCACGUAAAGUCAACAGUCGCCGGGACUUCUCAUCCUAGUUCCAGUCUUCAUAGCGCUCCCUGAAACGCUUGACCUAGUUAAAAAAACUUUUCUUUUUUACGUUAUCUUCAUAAACAACUGUCUAUCCUGCAUGGAUUUCUUGAGUGUAUUUCAGGUCCCGCUAAAAUAAUUAACCUAUUUUUCUUCCCAUAUCACUUAUUUAUGUUAACUGGUUAGAAUGUAGAGAAAAGAUCUAAAUUAUUGUAGCGAAAUUUUGUGUCAUAACGCAAUAUCAAUAACUAAAUAAAACAAUUCUUAAAUUCAGCGUUUUAGCGUUGAAAUCCUAAGUUGAUUUUGUACUUUUACAACUUGUAGUUUACUUUAUCCAUACUGACAUGUUGCAGAACAUAUUAGGUUUUGUAUAUACUUAGCUGUAAAAUAAGAUGAAUUAAACAAUGGGUUCUCGUUUUUGUGAAUCCAAUUACAAAACUGUACAAAUGGAAAAUAUUUUUAAGCUGAACUACAUUGGUCCAACUACCAACAUCAAUUAAUAGUAUAUCAAAUUCAGUACUACUAAUACAAAUACUGUCUUCUAUGUGUUUAGAAGUAAUGAACAACUUACGUACACUUUAAAACAAUAAGUAUUUGAUUAUAAAAAAAUUCUGAUAGGGUCUGUAACCUUUUAUAUCAUACAUUUUAGGAAGUUAUGGUGAGAACUCUCAGUUUAACUCUUGAAUAAAGUAAUUUUAUGAAAAAGUGAUUGUAUAUCAAUACAUUUGCUACUUCUAUUCAUGUAUAUUUUUUACCUUUUAAAUUGAAGUUCGGCGAAUAUGAAGAUAAUUUCUAUGGUACAAAAUAUGAUAGUAUCCGAGAAGUAGUGCAAGCAGGCCGUACAUGCUUACUUGAUUGUUCGGUACAAGCUGUGUCCAAGUUAAGAAAUUCAGAAUUUAUGCCUUAUGUUGUAUUUCUUGCUGCUCCAUCGGUUAGUUGUAUGAAAGCAAUGUAUGAAUAUGGCAUGAGUAUGGGUUUCACUGAGAAAUGGAAAAGAGUAUGUUUUAUUUAAGAAUUUAAUGAUUGCUUUUCCAAUUAUGAUUAUGUGUGGAUCUGUAAAAUUUACUUUUGUAACAAAUCUCAUUUAUUUAAAUUCGUUUAGGAUAUAUGCACAAAUAGAGAAUAUUUGAGUUACAUUAAUCUACCUAAAAUUAGUUAGUUCUACUACCAAUAUUUUUGUCUAUGUAUUAAAAAGUAGUGAACAAAUUAUACGAACUUUAGAACAACAGAAAGAGAAUAAUUCAAAACUUUCUGUCUGAUGAUUGUUUUCUACCAGCGCUUGCACAUUCCGAUAAGCUUCUUUUGCAAACUUGAUAACCGUUAUCGUGUAAUGAUGGGAACACUUAGCGGUUUGUUUCACACUGUUGUAAAAAUAUACCGAUGCAGUGGUUACACUAUUUGUAACGAGUAAUCACAAUACAAUCAAGAUGAAGCAAAGUUCGCUUAUGUUCAAAUAAUAUUCAGUAGUUAAAAACUUUUGAACAGUUAAUUAUUGAUAACAGCGUUUAGCUUAUUUCAAACAACUAUGGAGACCGAUCAUAUGCGAGGCCAAUAACUGUACACUAAUAAAAAAGUACUUUGCCAUGAAAUUGAACCGUUUCUUAUAAAUGUAAUCAUUAAUUGCCCAUCUCUUUGAAUGUCAUAACUCUCAGUUUUUUAAUGUUGCACUGUUCGAUUUUCGCGGAUUACAAUUACCUAACAUUUUGAUUUUGAGUCUCAAUGGAGGAAAUUUAUUUGAUUAUACAUAACUGUUAAUUUUAAAGUCUGUCUAAAAAUUUUGUGCAUAGGAAAAUUCCACUUCAAACAAUUAUUGAUAAUUUCAACAUUAUUCUUACAUUGUAAACAAAACUUUUUUUAACGUGUGAUCCUUUUUAACAAUCUGAUCAUUAUAUAAUCGUAAUUUCUACCAUGAUUUUUACUUAAUGUAACGUUAAACAUCACAUAAACUCUCGACUUUCGCAUAGAAACAUAAAAGUCAUUAGUUUGAUGUUAUACCAUAAUUUUAGCUAUUGUCAUUAUAUUUCACCUUCUAAAAUAAUAAUAAUAUUUUUUUUCUAAUCAAUCAGGAUGAAACAUUUCGUAAAACACUUGAAACCAGUACCUACAUAGAACGUGAAUACAAUUAUCUCAUGGAUUUAAUUUUAUUAUGUGAUAAUAUUGAAACAACUUUUGAACAAUUAAAUUAUCAUUUAAAUAAUUUACUAACAGAACCACAAUGGGUACCAGCUAAAUGGCUUUAUUAAUUCAAGGCAAAAUCUAGAAGAGAACAUACUACAAUUAAACAGUAAUCACUCACUAUAAUUUCGUUGUUUUGCAUAUCCUAGUUUUAAGAUGUUUCAUUAUCUUUAAUCUAAAUUCUCGUAUUGUUUAAUCCUUUGCUUGUAUAUAUCCAAAUGUUCACUGGACUUAUAAUAUCGUACUGAAGUGAAUAGCUUUUACCUCUAAAUUUAUUGUGUUUUUGAAAAAAACGAUCCAGGUUUGAUUUUACACUUCGUUUAUUUUUUACGGUUCAAGUCACGUUCUUUUUUUCUGAAGAAAAUAUUUUUUGUAGUACGCGCUUUUUUUGGUUUGAGACGUUUUAAUUAAAAGAGAUUGGAUAUUGAAUGUAAAAAUUACCAUUUAUUGUCUGUAAGAAGUUCUUGAAUAGUUUAAGAACUGGCAAUGUGUUUAGUAUAAGCAAACUCGUCGUUAUUUGUG